AUUGAAUCAAAAAAUUUGUUGCUUAUUUUUAUUUAUUUUUAGACACUACCUUAGUAUUUAAAUGCCAUUUCUAAAGUAACACUGGUCACACGUAAUACCAUGUUCAGUAGUUACGAGAAGAGAAGGAAAAUCGGACAGGACUUGGAGCCACCUGAUAAUUCCAAUAUUACGACGAGUAGCGAACCUCAGAGACUUCCCAGUUUCUUUGUUCAGAUUCCACUUGAGAUUAAUCAGCAAUACCAAAAUCGUAAAAACAAUACCAUAAAAUCGGAAGUCAAAUUCGAAAACCAUGAUUCGGCAAGCUUCAAAACACCAACACCUCCAGCAUCCACUCCAACACCUCCAGCCAGCAGUGUCACACCUGACACUGGUACCUCGUCGUUGCCGAGUAUCAGCACAAUCAUACAUGGUACAUCUUGGCCUAUAACAUCGAUGGCGAAGAAUGAGGAGUCACAACCUGUUAUUUUUAAAUGUGAACUUUGUCCAUUUAUCAGCAUAUGCGAACACAAUUUGAAUUCGCACAUUGCGGAGCACACGCAAAGGAAAUUUUUACGUAAAAAGUUCUUUUGUCCAGGAUGUGAUAAUGUUCAUUAUGAGAAGGCUGCACUAGAAGUUCAUCUAUUACAAGAUCAUGCCAUGACAAUUAGUGAAACCAAUACACUCGUCGAGUAUGUUUUGAAAUUUAAUAGCUACGGAAUUAAUAGGAGAGCGCGUGGAAAAGGACGAAUAUCUAUAAAAAAUGCGACUCAGUUGAAGAAACCUGACCUUUUACUAGAAACUGGCCAAGAACAGAGCAAUGUUACUCAGUCAAAAUCGCAACCAAAAAUAUUUGUUAAAUCUGUUCAGUAUUUGAAAAGGCCAGAGUUUUGUUUUAAUACAGAGUCCGUUCCAGACACCACGAACUCAUUUGAACAACAAACUUCAAGCAUUGAUGCAUUUACACUUCACACAACUGAGCCCACGCCACCGCCUUUCACGUCAAUUUUCGACACGAUGCAGAAUGUUGAAGUGCCUUCGUCUUAUUUUGAUAGUAAUUGUGAGGGUCCGAUAGAGAAUGAUUCAGGCAUGGAAGUUGAGUUUCAAUCAAUACCAUUGGAACAUCCAAAAGCUAUUACAACAGAACCUGCAUUGAUAGAGGAUUCUCCAGUUAAAACGUGUCAAAGUGGAAAAAUUUACUUAAAGGAUAUCAGCGUAUUACAAGACCCACGGCCAAUGAUAGCAGAGGAAACCCUACAACAGCCAACCAUCCAUCUUAAAACUGUCGAUGAACUGAACGCAAUGGCGAUAAACAAUUUGCCUUCAAAUUUCCCAGGUAACUAUGCGGUAGAUGUUGGCGCAGAUUGCUUUAGCAAUGUCAAUAACGAUAUUAUCAACUUAGACGAAAGUGAUAUUAGUGAUUUGAUUGAUUUGAACAACGAUGAUAAUUACUCGCAACAUAGCUUCACAGCACUUCUCAAUAAUGAAUUUGAUAAUGAUACAACUGAAUUCGAGACAAAGAAGGUGCAAUGCAUUGCAUCGUCGAAUAUGAAUACUAAUAAUGAAAAUAAAAUCGAACAAAAUGUGAAUGAGAUUGACAAUGAAAGUGAAGGAAUGGAAACUUCCACAUCCGCUAAGCAUCGUAUAUAUCUAGCCACAAAUCUAACAAACGAUUCUCUCCCAGUGACUGCUGCCAUAAAAGUUAUCAACGCUGAACCCAAACAAAAGCAAGGUCGUCCAAAAGGCGCACGUCAAUCUGGGAUUACACAAUGGCGCAAAAAUCUUCCCAAAAACAUCACUGAAGAUGAUGUCCUUGGUCCCAAAUGUCAAAUAGAUGGGUGUGCCUUGCGUUUCAAACAUCAUAAAAAUAUGGAGUAUCACCAUAAAUGCCAUACUUUGAUGCAAAACGGAGGUACGAUAUGUCCCGAAUGCGGAAAUGCUGAGUUCAAAAAUUGGAAUAGUUUGCAUACACAUCUUUGGCGUACACAUAAUAUCGAUAUGGAGCUUUAUGCUUGUGAAAAAUGCUCCUUCAAGACACCUAUUUUGGCCAGGCUCAAGUCAGAGCAUAUGAAGACUCACUCAGACCUUCGUGGAUACAAAUGUGGUUUGUGCGAUAAAAGUUUUAAGAAUGCAAAACAACUCAAACAUCAUGUUCGAAUGCAUAGAUUACGGCUAAAUCCCAUGAGCUCCCAGAAAAAACCCACCGAGCGUAAAUGUAACCAAUGUCCCUUGACAUUUCCGAAUACUGUUGCUCUCGAAAGUCACAUAAUUGAUGUUCACACUAUUGUUUCGGAAAACAAACUACCAAGUCUACCGACGACCGUUCAAGAAAAAUCCCCUGAAAAGUUUAAAAAAUACAAGCACAAAUGUCCUGAAUGCAGUUAUGGAUCAAAUGAUCAUAAUGCUUUUCGAAGACACAAAUUUCAACAUUCUAAGGAUAGUCUGUACAAAUGCUCAUUUUGCUCCUAUUCCAGCAUCCAAAGUACCACAUACCGGAAGCAUAUAGAAAAACAACAUCCUGAUCAAGCUUCAAAUCUGGUAUUUAGAUGCCAAGUUUCUUCGUGUACGUUUACUACAAUCAGCAGGAAGAAAUAUGAUUGUCAUGUAACGAAUCGACACCAACUGAUUCCAGAAACCGUAAAUUGUGAAGUUUCUAAUAAACCAAAAAUCAAAGUGAGAAAAAUUUUAACGUUAACGGAUCCAAUACAUGUUUCACCAGAAUUUUUUUCAAACAUUGAAUCUGAUUGAAUGAAAUAAAAACGAUAUUAAGGCCGCUCCAAAUUUUUUUCGAACUUUUUGUCCCAAAAACUUUUUUUCAAAAUGGGGGGGGGCAAAAAAAUAAAAAAAAAAUUUGAAAUACUUUU